GUCAUUAUUUAUUUUUACCCAAAUAUAAAAUUAAAAAAAAUCUGUAUUCUGUUUCACCCAGCCUAAACCCAUUAUUUUCUCUCACAGCAGAGUGAGGUGGCUUUAGUUUUGGUUCUUUCUCUUUUCUUCUUUACGACGGGGAAACCUUAUAGAUAACUCAGACAGAUCGCUGUUAUCAUCAUCAUCAUCAUCGUCAGAUCCUUCCUGUCAAAAUCAACUUUUGAUUCCCAAAUCAUUUGAUCAUGGCUGUGGCUGAAAAUGCUGGGGCUAAACUUGGUUCAUCCAGUCAAAAUUUGGUUGAAACUGUGGUUUCAUCUGAUUCAAAACCCAAAGAAUCCAAAAACGACGGCGAAUCAAAGUAUGGUGAAACUCUCAAGAAUGAAAUGAGAGAUUUGGUGGACAUGCUGUCAAAGUUGAAUCCUAUGGCUCAGGAAUUUGUGCCUCCCUCUCUUAACUACAAUCUUAAUCCAAUCUAUCUGGGUGGUAAUGGCUUUGGAUAUACUAACAGUUUUGUUAUGCAAGCUAAUUCUCCUAAUGCCACUGGACAGACUGCUAGAAGGAAGAGAAAUGGUUAUAGUCAAGGGAGAAGAAGGAUGAAUGGUAGAACAAGCAAUGCACAGCAAGAUGAGGUGAUUAGGAGGACUGUGUAUGUAUCUGAUAUUGAUCAUCAGGUUACUGAAGAGCAGCUUGCAGUGCUCUUUCAAACUUGUGGACAGGUUGUUGAUUGUCGUAUAUGUGGUGAUCCCAACUCUGUUCUUCGUUUUGCGUUCAUUGAGUUCACUGAUGAAGAUGGUGCGAGGGUUGCACUGAGUUUGGCUGGGACUAUGCUUGGAUACUAUCCAGUUAGAGUGCUUCCUUCAAAAACUGCAAUUGCACCUGUUAACCCAACUUUUUUGCCAAGGUCUGCUGAUGAACGUGAGAUGUGCUCAAGAACUAUAUAUUGCACCAAUAUCGACAAGAAGGUUUCUCAAACAGAUCUCAAACUUUUUUUUGAAACAGUUUGUGGGGAGGUUCAACGCUUGAGGCUACUUGGAGACUAUCAGCAUUCAACUCGUAUUGCAUUCGUUGAGUUCACAAUGCUCUUCAGGUGUCUAGCUCGUUUGCCACUUCAUCAUGUCCCAUGGAACUUUUCCAAUUUGGUGUUGAGAAAGCUUGUUUCAGUUGGAGGAUAUGUUAGCAGGGCUGAAAGUGCAAUUGCUGCUCUUAGCUGUAGUGGUGCUGUUCUGGGAUCACUGCCAAUAAGGGUAAGCCCCUCCAAGACUCCAGUUCGGCCACGUGCUACUCGUUUGCCCUUGCACUGAGUGAUCCUAGUUGUUCCUUGGACUGGUCAACUGGUGAUAAUAUAUCUAUAUACAUAUAGAUACAGAAAAUAUCUUUUAAGGUACUUGUGGCAUUUAUGUUAUCUUUUAAUCUUAUGCGUCUUGGCCCAGUAUCUUUGUUACCUGUAAGGGGUUUAUUAUGACAUUUCUUGAAAGCCGUAAUAUAGAGUUGAGUCUUUAAUGGGUUUUUGAGGUAUGAAUUGCGAAAUCUAUGUUUCACAUCACAUCAGGAUGAACUUUCUAGGGGUGGUCUGUAAAAUCUAAUGUCAGAAAUAUCUAACUGGAGAUUCUAUAAAGAUAAUUUCUGAGAGUUUUGUGAUUAA